ACACCACAUGUUGUUUCGUGAAAAUUUUCUUCAGUUUACUGACGGAUAGAAGUUUCGUUCGUUCGUUGUAUCGAUUUUUUGAGUGAAGUGAACUAGUGUUCGUGUCCUUUAGUUUAGUGACGUUCGUUAAGAAAAUAUCUGUGAAUGGGAUUGUGUAAUAAGAUAAAACCUUUAUUUGGUGUGUGAUUUUCUGUAAAGGAUGACGAAGGACAGGUUUGCGGCGCUACAAGCGGCGCAAAGCGAUGACGAUGACGUUGGGCCAGAUGAUGUCAACGUCGCCGUCGAGGGCGGCUACAUGGACGAAUUCUUCAGUGAGGUGGAAGAGAUACGGGAGAUGAUAGAUAAGAUUCAGGCUAACGUCGAGGAGGUAAAGAAAAAGCACAGUGCCAUUCUAUCGGCCCCCCAGUCAGAUGAAAAAACAAAGCACGAGUUAGAAGAUCUCAUGGCCGAUAUCAAGAAAACUGCGAACAAAGUUAGAGGAAAGUUAAAACAUAUAGAGCAGAACAUCGAACAAGAAGAGCACUCGAACAAAUCCUCAGCGGAUCUGAGGAUAAGAAAGACCCAGCACUCGACGCUCUCCCGUAAGUUUGUCGAGGUCAUGACCGAGUACAACCGUACGCAGACGGAUUACCGAGACCGGUGCAAAAAUCGGAUACUCCGGCAGCUCGAGAUCACCGGCCGUGCCACUACUGAUGAUGAGCUGGAGGCGAUGCUGGAGCAGGAUAACCCGGCGGUGUUUACUCAGGGGAUUAUAAUGGAGACGCAGCAGGCGAAGCAGACCCUCGCCGACAUCGAGGCGAGACACGCUGACAUCAUCAAGCUGGAGACCUCCAUUCGUGAGCUUCACGAUAUGUUCAUGGAUAUGGCCAUGUUGGUCGAAAGCCAGGGUGAGAUGAUCGACCGCAUUGAGUAUCAUGUCGAACACGCUGUGGACUAUGUCCAAACGGCCACGCAGGAUACAAAGAAGGCCCUAAAAUAUCAGAGCAAAGCUCGACGGAAGAAGAUUAUGAUCCUUGUUUGCCUGCUCAUACUGGGGCUGGUCGUCGUCGGCUACGUUUCGAGUUACUUCCUGUGAGGGCGACGCCGGUUGAGGAGCAUGAAAGCAAGUUUGUGUUUGGUGCCUACGAUCCACCCAUACUAUCUUCGGAGCUCCUUUACUUAAUGUUAUUCAACUCGUGUUACCUAUUUGUUAUCUAUAAGGAUUCAAUUACAUUCCAUUUUCCAAAGGAAUUCUAUUAUAGCCCCGCCGGGACAUAGUUAUAUGACGUUCAUGACACGAAAUCUAGUUUUUUUGCGCGAAUUGUACUCUCGCUUCUACUGGUUCUAAUCCGGACUACGAUUUGAAGUAGAUCUUGUUACACUAGUUCCUUAAGUUAAUAUCCACAGAUAGAAAUUAAAUAAUAUAAAAAUGUGUUCUGUAUUUAAUCAUGUGAUAACUAUAGCUCGUGAAGCAUAUGACACAUCCGCGGUGUCAAGUUCAAAUGUCAAAUGUCACUUUGACAUGUCACAUUUGCGGACGCGUUGAAUGUGCUUAACGCUUCAACACCAUAGAGUCGAAAUAUCGACAUUAUAUCAUAUAUGUGAUACAUUUAACUUCAUGGAUUUCUAAUUAGGUCUGUUUUUGGAAAUAUUGUAGUAUAGGAUUAUGCGAGGUCUUUUGCAGGUAUGGUUAUGCCAUGACAGCCUUUAUAAUAGAGAUAUUCCAAAAACAGCUAUACUUAGCAGACCUAUUGCCUUCCUACAAUCCGCAUAAUCAUGACUGCAGUAGACCGUAAAUCGGCAAUGUUUUGUCGCGUGCUCGAGCGACAGAAAAAAGUACAAAUUUUGUAGUUAUAAUGCCCGCUGUUCACAGCUGUGAUAAAUCCUAUGCACGCAAGACUUAUUUAACUACUAAAAGAAAUCUCCGAGAAUCAAUUCGUCUUAGUAUAAGAGUGUUCGUCGCAGCCGUGGCAGCCGGCUUGUCUGUCGCGAAUGGCCGCGUCGCGUGCCGUCAUAGCAAUAAUGUUCGAUACAAUUUGUAAAAUUGUUUUAAACUUUCGAAUGUGUGAUAGUAGCAGUUGUUUAGUUAACAUUAAAUGAUAAUUGUUAUCGCGAGUAACAUUUUGAACGGCGAGCGCUUCGGUUGAAUUAGUCGGUUGAAUAAUUGUUCAAUGUUAGCGGAUGUUCAGUUCGGUAAUUUAAGCCCUUCGUUGUACAGUAAUACAUAAUGUAGCCGUUAUAGCUAGGGUAAUUUUUUAAUAAAUUAUUGUCAACUUAUUACAAAGUCUUCAGCAAUACAAUACGAUGUAAAUGUAUGUGUGAGCGGUACUUAUGUUAUAUGUAAUAUUACACGUAGAGGUAAAGCUCGAAGUAAAGCACCAAUAAUUAAAUUAGUAUUUUCUUAAUAUUAAUAGCAUUCGCGGUAUCGGAUGGAUUGUGAGUCAUCGCCCGGACGUAUAACGGCACUAAAUAUAAAAUCGGACGGACGCCAUCUCGUGAGCCGAGCGUGCACUUGUAAAGAAAGCAAUGUUAAUUUUAACAUUUAUAGUGUAAUUAGAUUUUUAUUAAGAGUAGGAUUCCCUAUAGUUGCCUUUGGAAUCGUAGAGAAUGUAAUAUAAAAUUUUCUCAGUAGAUUCAUUACGGUGUCACCAGUAUUUUCACUUGGCAGUCAAUUGUAUCGCUUACGCGUGUCCCCCCAUCGCGCUGACACUAGCUAGUUGCCUCUUUCAUUGUCUCUAGGAUAAGUAUUGAGUCGAUUUAGGUGGAGAAACGCUUGCUAGAGUGGCCUCCGUUAAGUUUGCCUCGAAGGCUGCGAACUCGACACCAAGGUAGGUAAUAUAGGUGCGACGCGACGCAGCGCCGCAGCAGACAAUUCGCACAAGGACGAACGCCCGGCGUUUCGCGUUUGUAACGUAGAGUAGGCAAUAAACUUCUAGUCAGCUUUCAAUGAUCUCUAUUUAUCUAUAUCUUAAAUCGUAAUAUUGCAGACGUAUUAUUCUGUUACUAGUACUGUAAGUGAAAUCUUCGUGUUCAAAUGUAACCUUGAAGCCGCUACGAUCUUAGGUUCGUAACAGACGCGUUGAAACAUAUUAAUCUUAAAUCUAGAUAUCGUCAUAUUCAGAACUACUUAUCAAUAGUAUGCAUAUUGUUAUUGGAUUGCUAAUUUUGUGUGAGAACACAAUUAGUAUAGUUUAUAUAUACUUAUGUGUCAAUUCUUAUAGCAUUUUAUUACAUUAACAGAAAUGAUAGCUAGUAAGUGUUAAAGAUUAUUAACUUAUUUUGAAAUAUCCACCGAUGUUUCUUUGUUUCGAUAAAUUUUACGUUUGUUAAUUCUAGUCCAUAUAAGUAACAUAUACAAAGUUCACACGUUAUAAGUAGCUGUAGGAAAGCUCAUUUUGAAAUUCCAAUGUAUUUUCUCCCGCUUUGUGAAUUUAUGCAACAACGAAAAAGGAUGUAUUUUUAAGAUUUUCUCAGCUUGCUUAAAUACACGUCAACGUUUCAUUCAUAAUUAAGUUGUAUUUCCUGAAUUAUUUCAAUAUUUACCCUUACGCAUUUAAAGUACCUGUAUUCCCUUUAGUGAAGUUAUACCUAUAAUCGUUUAUAUUUAAAGUUGGUGCAUUCGAGAUUGCCCGAAAAACGUGAUCAAAUGUCAAAGAUCUGAUUAAAAAAUAGAGUCGCUAGACUUACAUAGAUUCUUCCUAAAAUCGACUACAUUUUGGGCUUUCUAUUUUCAAUCUAUUCGAUGUUGCUUCGCGUUGAAUAAUGUGAAACAUUAUUGAUGUUUAUAUAGGAUUUAUUAUGAUUAUAUUAUUUUUAAAAUGUUAUUUAAUCAGAAAAUAUUACCUAGAUUGAUUAGUAAGUAAAAUUUUGGUUAUUUUGUAAAAACGGAAAUUGGUAUAAAAUAUUCAUACAGCAAUUUUCUUGUACUUAAAUAAUCACUUAUAAAAAGUACAUACAUAGUUAUAAUAAUUAAUUCAUCAUUAUUGUGGUUAUGACAUAUUGUAAAAUAUAUAACAGUGAGAUUCCGAACACAAUGUAAAAUUCAAGUUAGAUUUGUUUUAUAGUUAUAUUCUGUACGUAGGUUAUCAAUCUGAAAUUCUCUUAUAAUUAUAAA